UCCUUAACGUCAGACGCAGAGACUGAAGGCUCGACUGUUGGAUUCCGCUAAGAAACGUCGUGGUAAACAAACGCGCAUAACCCUUGGAGGACGUUUUGGGUCCCCCUGCUGUAGAGUAUGGUUUUUUAACAGGAGCUGCUGCUGUUCACCUUUGACCUCGUUAUCAUCCGACUCCGUCGUGCUGGCUUCUCCCCAGGUUUUACCCGCAGCCUUAUCUCCCUUGCUUCUGAUUGGUUUCCUGUUUCGGUCAGGCCAUGGCCCCAGCUGUGUGGGCGGUGCUGCGGGCGGCGUCCAUGGAGGGAAUCAGCGUGUUGAAAUCAAACGUACCCUGUAUCAGCCGAGGAGCUGCAGCAAGACUCGGGCCUGCCGUCCGGACCUGCUGCAGAGCUUUGUCCAGCGAGGUGAGACGCCAGCAGCCUGCAGCCAGGAUGCCUGAGAUCACCACGGAUCACCUGGAUGAGAAGCAGGUGCAGCUGCUCUCUGAGAUGUGCAUCCUUAUCGACGAGAGCGACCGCAGGAUCGGAGCCGACACCAAGAAAAACUGUCACCUCAAUUGUAACAUCAAUAAAGGCUUACUGCAUCGAGCGUUCAGCGUCUUCAUCUUCAACAGUGAGGAGAAGUUGCUCCUGCAGCAGCGAUCCGAUGCCAAAAUCACUUUUCCAGGUUGCUUCACAAACACAUGCUGCAGCCACCCCUUACACACAGACAGCGAGCUGGAGGAGACGGAUGCGUUGGGAGUGAGGAGGGCUGCUCAGAGAAGACUCAAAGCUGAGCUGGGAAUCCCUCUGGAACAGGUGCCGCCAGAAGAAAUGACAUAUUUAACGAGGAUUCACUACAAGGCCCAGUCGGAUGGCGUUUGGGGAGAACAUGAGAUCGACUACAUCCUCUUCAUGCAGAAGGAUGUGGAGUUGAGCCCAGAUCCUAAUGAGAUUAAAAGCCACUGUUAUGUCAGUAAAGAGGAGCUGAAGGUGAUGCUGGAAAAGGCCUCGCGCCAGGAGCUGGAGAUCACACCCUGGUUCAGCCUCAUCGCACACACCUUCCUCUUCAAGUGGUGGGACAACCUGCAUGACCUCAAACAGUUCAUGGAUCACAGCAGCAUCCACCGCAUGUAACCACGUCCAGGUUGUGCACCCACAGUGUUCACCUGGCCUUCAGAGACAACACCUGCAGGGGGAGGUGUUUUAGGCUUCUUCAGAGCUGCCGGGAUGACUAGUGAGCUGCACCGUUGAGUCUGUGCAGGAGGUUAGUUAGAAAAGCAGAUUAUUUUUUAAUCAGUAUGUAAAAGUGCCUGAUGGCAGGUCAGUAGGCUUUGUACCUUUUACAUGUUUGGUCUAACGGCUGAUUGGUUGAUCGUAGCUCUGAACGAUAUAGUCUUCAUCAGUUUCCUCUGAUGUUAGGAGUCAUGCUGGGUGAGGUGUAUGUAAUGAUGGCAUAGAAAGCAACAUGUUGGAAGGUUCUGUUGGUGGGAAAAACCUCCAUUGAGACUAGUUUUGAUUUGACUACAUUUGUCCCAGUUAGGAAAAUGGGAACCCUACGUGAUCAGCUGUUUGGUCUUCUCUCCAGUAGGUGGCAGCAGCAGCAUUAAUGAUCCAGGCUUAUAAACUAAUAAAAAUGAGGCCACCAGCCCACUUUUACAGAAUACCAUCGGUUUUAUUUGCAAGCUGAAUGCUCAGAAGCACAUUACCCACUCCUAGUAUGAUGCAAAGCAGCAGUCUGCAGAAAUACACCAAGCAUUAUUGCAGUUUGUUUCAACAUAAUUAAAAAGCACAGUUUAGCUGUAAACGGGUCAUGUUUAAUAUUGAACAUCUCUGUUGGUCCAGGUGUAAACCUAAGGCUCUAGCCUGGGUACUUUAAACAAAAGGUUACUGGCACAUUCAACAAAUAUAAACGCAAGUUUGGCGUCUCUUAAGUCGUCCAGUUAAAUGCAUCUACAAAAACAGUGACCUGAAGUAAACCCCAAUGUGCCAAAGAUGAGCAACAACCGCAGCCAGCAAAGACUCGCAUGCAUUUAUGUUUCGUUGGUAGAAAACAGGACCAUAUAAACCAAACAAGAAUAAAGCUAUAGGUCUAACUGAAAAUAAUCUUACACUUUACCCAAAAAUAAGUAUAUGUAUAUUUCUAGCGACUAGAUGUUGAUAGGACCACUGAUGCCAGGGCCACAACCAGUUUCAUCUUUCUGUGCUAAAGUCGAUUUAGUGAUACUGAUUAAAUUCUUGUUUUAGGAUUGUCAGAGUAGUGAAAUAAAAUCUAUUUUUUACAUCUUACCUUAAUAAAUAUCAAACUUUGAGUUUAAAAUACA